CGGAGGAGCCCCGCCGCAUCCCCGCGCGGAGCCCCGCGGAGCAUCAACAUGCUGGGCUGGAGGGUGGCCCUGUGGCUGGCCGGCUGGACGGCGUGCGCCCGGGAGCUGCCCCCCGACUACGACUACCCGUACGGGCUGAGCGAGGAGGACCCCGCCGAGGGGAUUGAUUAUAAGGACCCUUGUAAAGCCGCUGUCUUUUGGGGAGAUAUUGCCUUAGAUGAUGAAGACUUAAAAAUCUUUCAAAUUGACAGGACAAUUGACCUUACGCAGCAUUCAAACGAAAGACUUGGACAUAACACAGGUGGCUUUGGAGAGCGUGGGAUGUCAAAAAAGCGAGGUGCCCUUUAUCAGCUUAUAGACAGGAUAAGAAGAUUUGGCUCUGGCUUUGAGCAAAAUAAUACAAGUAAGGCAAGAGCAACUGUAAAAUUUUCUGGAAAAAAUGAGAAAAACCGAUAUCCCAGGGCUGCUACAUCACGAACAGAGAGAAUAUGGCCAGGAGGUGUCAUUCCAUAUCUAAUUGGUGGAAAUUUUACUGGCAGCCAGCGAGCAAUGUUCAAACAGGCAAUGCGACACUGGGAAAAACACACGUGUGUUACAUUUAUUGAACGCAGUGAUGAAGAAAGCUACAUUGUAUUUACAUACAGACCUUGCGGGUGCUGUUCUUAUGUGGGUCGAAGGGGUAAUGGCCCCCAGGCUAUAUCAAUUGGCAAGAACUGUGAUAAAUUUGGAAUAGUUGUUCAUGAACUGGGGCAUGUGAUAGGCUUCUGGCACGAACAUACACGACCUGACCGAGAUGACCAUGUAACCAUCAUUAGAGAAAACAUUCAGCCAGGUCAGGAAUACAACUUCCUGAAGAUGGAGCCAGGAGAGGUUAACUCCCUUGGGGAACCCUAUGAUUUUGACAGCAUUAUGCACUAUGCCAGGAACACUUUCUCAAGGGGCAUGUUUCUGGAUACUAUUCUUCCUUCCCGUGAUGAUAAUGGUAUACGACCUGCCAUUGGUCAGCGUACUCGUCUAAGUAAAGGAGAUAUUGCACAGGCAAGAAAGCUGUAUAGAUGUCCAGCAUGUGGAGAAACUCUGCAAGAAUCUACAGGCAACUUUUCAUCUCCAGGAUUUCCAAAUGGUUAUCCUUCCUAUACCCACUGUAUAUGGAGAAUCUCUGUAACUCCAGGGGAGAAGAUUGUGUUAAACUUUACUACAAUGGACCUGUACAAGAGCAGUCUCUGCUGGUAUGACUAUAUUGAAGUAAGAGAUGGCUACUGGAGAAAAUCGCCUCUGCUCGGUAGGUUCUGUGGUGAUAAACUGCCUGAAGUCCUUGCAUCUACUGACAGCAGGAUGUGGAUAGAAUUCCGUAGCAGCAGUAAUUGGGUAGGAAAAGGUUUUGCAGCAGUUUAUGAAGCAAUUUGUGGAGGUGAGAUCCACAAAAAUGAAGGCCAGAUCCAGUCUCCUAAUUAUCCUGAUGACUACAGACCAAUGAAGGAAUGUGUGUGGAAAAUAACUGUGUCAGAGAACUACAAUGUCGGAUUAACCUUCCAGGCAUUUGAGAUUGAAAGACAUGACAACUGUGCUUAUGACUACUUAGAAGUUCGAGAUGGAACCAGUGAAAAUAGUCCUUUGAUUGGCCAUUUCUGUGGCUAUGAUAAGCCAGAUGAUAUUAGAUCUACCUCCAAUACCCUGUGGAUGAAGUUUGUUUCUGAUGGAACUGUUAACAAAGCAGGGUUUGCUGCUAACUUUUUUAAAGAGGAAGAUGAAUGUGCCAAACCUGACAAUGGAGGCUGUGAACAGCGGUGUGUGAAUACUCUGGGCAGCUAUCAGUGUGCUUGUGAUCCUGGGUAUGAACUUGCACCUGAUAAAAAGAGUUGUGAAGCUGCCUGUGGAGGACUUUUGACAAAGCUAAAUGGAACUAUAACCACACCAGGGUGGCCCAAAGAAUAUCCUCCAAACAAAAACUGUGUGUGGCAGGUGGUUGCUCCCACUCAGUACAGAAUUUCAAUGAAGUUUGAGUUUUUUGAAUUAGAAGGGAAUGAAGUUUGCAAAUAUGAUUAUGUGGAGAUCCGUAGUGGCCUUUCUUCUGAUUCUAAACUGCAUGGUAAAUUUUGUGGUACAGAAGUGCCUGAAGUGAUCACAUCACAGUACAACAACAUGAGAAUUGAGUUCAGAUCUGACAACACUGUCUCAAAGAAAGGCUUCAAGGCCCAUUUCUUUUCAGACAAGGACGAGUGUUCUAAGGACAACGGUGGCUGCCAGCACGAAUGCAUCAACACUGUAGGAAGCUAUGUUUGUCAGUGCCGCAAUGGAUUUGUGCUACAUGAAAACAAACACGAUUGCAAAGAAGCUGAGUGUGAACAGAAGAUCCAUAGUCCAAAUGGAAUCAUCACAAGUCCUAACUGGCCAGACAAGUAUCCAAGCAGGAAGGAAUGCACAUGGGAAAUCAGUGCUACUCCUGGUCACAGAGUGAAAUUAACCUUUAAUGAGUUUGAGAUAGAACAGCAUCAGGAAUGUGCUUAUGACCACUUGGAAGUGUUUGAUGGAGAAACUGAAAAGUCACCAAUUCUGGGACGUUUAUGUGGCAAUAAGAUACCAGAUCCUCUCAUUGCUACUGGAAACAAAAUGUUCCUUCGGUUUGUUUCUGAUGCAUCAGUACAGAGAAAAGGCUUCCAAGCCACACACUCUACAGAGUGUGGUGGUCGACUGAAAGCUGAAACCAAGCCUAGAGAUCUGUACUCUCAUGCACAGUUUGGUGAUAAUAAUUAUCCAGUUCAAGUGGAUUGUGAGUGGCUGCUGGUAUCAGAACGUGGCUAUCGAGUAGAGUUAACUUUUCAGACUUUUGAAGUAGAAGAAGAGGCAGACUGUGGUUAUGACUAUGUUGAACUCUUUGAUGGCCAUGAUACGACAGCUAUGAGACUUGGUCGAUUUUGUGGAUCUGGGCCCCCAGAAGAAAUUUAUUCAGCCGGGGAUGCUGUUUUACUCCACUUUCAUACUGAUGAUACAAUCAACAAGAAAGGAUUUCAUAUACGAUACAAAAGUAUAAAAUACCAAGAUAGCAUUCACAUCAAAAAAUAAUGCAGGAUCCUAAUUUCCAGAAAAUAAGACAGGACGAGAGAACACACAGUAGAAAAAAAGAAAAUGUGUAUGUUUGUUUAGUUUGUUUUUGAUGGAAUUUAUCAGUACAAACAUUUUAUAUUACAUGAGUUCAUUUGAAAGGAAAUCUUAUGAGACCAGAAACAUCUCAGUUCAAAAAGAAAUGUUCAGGGAUCCCAGUGGAAUGGACAUGAUGACAAUGUGUGGAAUCCAUCCUUGACUGUCUCUACAAAGCUGAUGAAAGGGCAUUGCAUCCUUGCAGGAAGACUAUAAAAGCUUUUGUUCAUAGUUUGACAUUUGUCAUAGAUACCUGUAGAGUCAAUCAGCCAAAUUCAGGGGAAGUGACCCUGCAGACUGCUCUUCAUUCUGACAAUUGUCUGAUGUCUAGAAGACAAAGCUCCUUCAGGUCACAUACUCAAAAUGCUGUCUUUAUAUCUUACACUAAUUGCUGUGGCUGUGUAUCUGAGAUACAGUGCAUGCAAAGACAAAAAAAACGAAGCUAUGAAAUGAGAGGCUCUUCUGAAGUUGGUCUGUAAAUUUUAGGAAUUUCAUUCAUCCUAUCAGUGUGCUGAAAGUGGAAAACUCAUAUCUCUGAAACAUAACUGAUCUUUAGAACAUUUUUGUUUUAACACCUUUAAAUGUCUGAAAGUUUGUAUACGUCAUCAUAUUUUACUUGGAAUUUGGAUAGCAUAAAGGGAUGAAAGUAUUGGGUUUAUUAAUUAAGUAUGGUAUAUCUGAUGAUGUGCUCUUAUCUUGCACUGAGCCUAAAAAGAGACUGAGUUCAUACUUUAUCAGCCUGUUAUAUAACAAAAUCCUUGUCCAUUGGGAAACAGAAAUAAUCAUGAUUGGAGUCAUCUAAAACUCCACUUACUGAUUUUAUUUUCAGUUGUAAAAGUGUAACCGCUGCUAACCUAUAUUUCUUUGGGCCAGUUUGUGAAGGAGCUAUAUCUCUGUUUCAGCUGAUGAAAGGCUUCCUAAACAGUUGAGAGAACAGGAGCAUUUGUUUUCUGGGAAUAAGACUUUCUGUGAUGGCAAAAAACCCCAUAAAAACAAAGCAAAAACCCAGGAUGUGUCGUUGAAAGAUAAUUUCUAUGGUGCUAUUCCAUGAACAUUAAAAACAAAAAAAACAAAACCAAGAAAUUUAGACCUUUGAGCUAACAACUUAAGGAUCAUGAAUGUCUCACUAUGCCUGGCUGCAUCUGAAGAAUAAAGACUUAUUAAGCGUUAUGAAAAGAUCAUUGCAAUGGCAGCACUAGUCCUGUGGAACAACUACUACUAUUGCCUUAGAAUUCUUGCACAUGAUCAAACAGAUCUUCCUGUAGAUACAUCUUUAAUUUGAUAAAUAAUUUGACAAAUUGAACAUUUUAAUGUAUGCUAAGAAAGAGAACUUCAAGCAAAACCCAUCUGCAGAGUUAGAGCAUCUGCUGUAAAUACAUUGACCUGCUUUGAUGUAGAAAUAUGCUACUUUUAGAAUGAACUAUUCUAUGUGCUUUAAGCCAGACAUGGUUUUAGUCAUGAUGUAUAUGCAUUAUGUAAGUAUGUUUGAAUGAGUGCUCUAGAAGGGUGGAAGUGCUGUAUGGAUGAAAUGUUGAAUUGUUUAUGUGCCAAGUUCUAUCAGAACUGUGUUCGACUGUAGCAACUUUCCUUUAAAGGUCUCAUAGGCAGACAAUGAGGACUUCUAGUCAGCAAGAACCAAGUUAAAAUGAAAUGUUAUUUUGAUAUCCUUUGAUGUAGGUUGCUACUCAAAAUAGCUUAGUUUCUGUUACCUUACUAUGAAUAUUCACUGGCACUAAUAAAUCUGGGGUUUUUUUCUUGUUUGUUUUUUGUUUUUAUUUUUGGGGUUUUUUUUAACUGAAAUAAAACCAAAUAAAUGUGUGUGUGUCAUUGGCUAUCUUAAUACCCAGUUUAUAUUUCUGUAUCACUCCUUUUCUUUCCAGCUUAUGUAUGCAAAUGAAUUUCAAAAGAAUGAAUCAUAUUCCUCAUCGAGAUGUAAUUGGACUUGUAUAAUCUUGCAUCCCUAUCAUUUUCUUUCAGUUUUUCAGGAUACAUAAACAGGAAGAAACAAACAACGUAACCUGUAUGAGGGAAAAACUGU